GCAAGGGGGAAACCAGGGGGGCAGAGCUGGGGAAGGACCUGGGGCUGGAGUUGGCAGCUGCGAGGGCAGAGAAGAUGGGGAGCCGCCCGCUCCAGAUCCUGGUCUCGGGUUCAGAGGAGUCUGGGAAGUCAACCCUGGUCGGCCACCUUCUCUACAAAUGUGGGCAUCUUAGUCCAGAAACUAUGAAGACUCUCCGGAAACAGAAGGUGGAGCAAGGCAUGUCGUACAGGCAGUUGCUGCAGAGCCUCCAAGUUGAGGAGAGGCAUGCGACUCCCUGGAGGCGACACUACAGGAGCCCCAAGUAUGAGGUCAUCAUCAUUGCAACCCCCCCAUGUCUUUCCCUCCUUGCCAGGAGAAAGGUUGACUGCAUGCUGUUUGUGGUCUCUGCAGCCAAGAGGGAAUUUGAAACGGGUUGGAGCUUGACCCAGAAGCAGAUCGUAUCAGCCUGCAAACUCCCGGUGAAGCUGCUUGUGGUGUGUGUCAACAAGAUGGACUCUUCCACGCCGGCACCUUACAACUACCGACGCUACAAAGCCAUUGUUGGGAAAGUGUUCAACUGGUUCUGGGCGUGGGAAAGGGAACCCAGGACAGUCCUAUUUCUCCCCAUCUCAGCCCUCUAUGGGGACAACCUGCAGGAGACCAGCGUCAAGAUGCUCUGGUUCUGCAAGUGGGAGAUCGCCAGGGAGAGGGGAGGAGUGGUCACAGGAACCACUUUGCAGCAGCUCCUGGACGCCAUCCCCAUUUGCCAUCACAGACCGGACCUCCCCUUUGCUCCCUUAGGAUGGACCAAGAAGGAAGAGGAGGCUCUCCUGAGGACAUGGAGGAUUCUCUCCCCGCAGGCACCAGACCACAUCCCCAGCCCUUCGAUGAUGUCCACGGCCCUCAGGCAGGCAGGAGUCUGGCGCUCUGCAGAGCAGUGUCGCAGCAAGGUGGAUGCCCUCCUGAGAUGCUACAUGGCUGAUGUUCUCCGGGGAGGAAUCGGGUGCUUCCCUUUCUACUGGGAACUGCAUGACAUCCUGGGAUAUGAUGUCUCCACAGCGGCCUUUCAAUUGCGGCAAUUUAAGCAGGAACUGGUGCCAACAGCAAAUGCCACCACUGCACCUGACCUGGGUUGGGCUGAAGAUGUGUUUGUCCUUCUGGGGCCUUCUGGUCAAGGAGCACUGGCCUUCCCAAAGGAAGGGGAGAAAGAAGAAGAGCUUGCCAUCCCUGGGCCUUCUGGUCAAGAAGAACCUGUUGCUCCAGAGGAAGCAGAACUUGUCCGUUCCGGUCAUUUUGAUCAAGGUGAGGCAGUUGUCCCAGAGGAGGGAGAAGAAGCAGAACUUGUCCUUCCUGGGCAUUUUGGUCAAGGAGAGCCUGUUGUCCCAGAAGAGGGAGAGGAAGCAGAACUUGUCCAUCCUCAGCAUUUUGGUCAAGGAGAGCUGCUUGUCCUAGAGGAGGGAGAGGAAGCAGAACUUGUCCAUCUUCAGCAUUUUGGUCAAGGAGAGCCUGUUGUCCCAGAAGAGGGAGAGGAAGCAGAACUUGUCCUUCCUGGGCAUUUUGGUCAAGGAGAGCCUGUUGUCCCAGAGGAGGGAGAGGAAGCACAACUUGUCCAUCCUCAGCAUUUUGGUCAAGGAGAGCCUGUUGUCCCAGAGGAGAGAGAGGAAGCAGAACUUGUCCUUCCUGGGCAUUUUGGUCAAGGAGAGCUGCUUGUCCUAGAGGAGGGAGAGGAAGCAGAACUUGUCCAUCUUCAGCAUUUUGGUCAAGGAGAGCCUGUUGUCCCAGAGGAGGGAGAGGAAGCAGAACAUGUCCAUCUCCAGCAUUUUGGUCAAGGAGAGCCUGUUGUCCCAGAGGAGAGAGAGGAAGCAGAACAUGUCCAUCUUCAGCAUUUUGGUCAAGGAGAGCCUGUUGUCCCAGAAGAGGGAGAGGAAGCAGAACUUGUCCUUCCUGGGCAUUUUGGUCAAGGAGAUCCUGUUGUCCUAGAGGAGGGAGAGGAAGCAGAACAUGUCCAUCCAGGGCCUUCUGGUCAGGGACCGGACCCUUACUCAGAGACUAAAAGCACCUCUAAGCCAAGAGCCCUCGAUAUACCUGACUAUGCAGAAUCACCUCUGGGCCCCAGGCCCCCGAAAAGCCCCAGAGGUCACCCCCCCUCUGGGCGCUUGGGGAGGAGCUCUGGAUACAAAUUAUGCCCUGGUCCUCCAAGACCCACCAGAUACGAGCUGCCACCUCAAUUUUCAAGGAGCUUCAAACAUGACCCCGACCCUGGACCCUCGACCAGCAGUUCUAGACAAGAUCCAUGCCCUGGGACCUCAAGGAACUCCAGACCUGACUCCCACCCUGGACCCUCGACCAGCGGCUCCAGAUUUGAGCUGCACCCCAGACCCUCAGGAAGCUCCGGACACAAUCUACCGGGUGCUGGGCUGGAGAGGAGGCCAGGUUCUCCAAUGCCUCUCAUCCCCCCAGCAGCUCGUAGCGAUACAGGAGUUUCGCCAGAGGAAGAGGAGGAAGACACUUGUAGCACUGGAGUUCCAACCCAGCCUCCCUCAGCCAUGGCUUCCUGGGAGAACCUAAUUGGUCCCCCGCUAUUCCAGUACCCCACCCCUGGGCCCCCCAUGCUGCUUCCUUCUCCAUUUCCCUUCCCACACCCCCUUCCUCCAGCCCAGAUCCAGCAGGAGCCACCCUUCCCCUUGCCAGAACCUGUGUACCAGCUGCCGCUGCUGGGUGAGGCUUCCUGGGCCCCUGCCUCUGCCACCCUGCCUCCCCCUUUGCAUUCCCCUCCUGCCUCCUUUCCCCUCCAGGACCCCCCCACGCAGCUGGCUCAGCCUCCCCCUUACUCCCCUCCUUUCCAGCAGCCCCCUGCCCAAGCCAUACCGUUCUUCUCACAGCCUUUCGUGCCUCCGGGUUCCUUCCGUGCCCCGACGGGGCCCCAAGGGAACUUUGUUUUCCCACCUCCGCCGGGGCCCCAAGGGAACUUUGUCUUCCCACCUCCGCCGGGGCCCGAAGGGCACUUUGUUUUCCCACCUCCGCCGGGGCCCGAAGGGCACUUUGUCUUCCCACCCCCAGCCACCCAGGCCUUUCCGAACCCAUCGCCCCAGACCCCAGACUACGCCCAGGACUUUCCGCGGGCCUUUGGCAGGUCUGGGCCAUUCUCACUCUACUCCUUCCCAUGGCAUGGCACCUCUGCAUAUCCCCUGGGCAUCAAAAUCACCCUCGAGCCCACUUCCUGGCCACGGAGGUUUUGGGAAUGGAAGCCUCUGCCUCUGCCACAGCCAUCCAAGCCAGAGAGCCUCCUGCCCCAGCCCCCGCCUGUCACAGCACCCCCCUUGCCUCCUCGCCCACCCUCCCUGGCAGGGCCUGAUCCUGACGGCGUUGAGGCCCUGUCCUCUGCUGCUUCUCUGGCUCCAAAGCCCACGCCCCAACCUGGGAGCCCCUCGUCGUCGCCCCCCAAGGCCCUGCCGCAGACCCCGCGCCAGCCUCCACCCCUCGGCACUGGCCCUCUGCCUCCUUUAAUAUCCUGCAUGGCCCCCAGCGGGACUGGGGAUCAGGCUACCAGGCUUCCUCCCCCGACCCUACCCGCGGCUUCCCCCUUGCCCUCUGGCUCCCCACCUCAGCUUCCAGGACCUCCAUCCCAACCUGGGAGCCCUGGGUUGCAGACCUCCCAGCGUCCAUCCGAUUCGCCACCCAGGCUUUUAAAAGCACCCCCUCCCCUGAUCCCAAUCUUGCCUCCUUUGUCACCCUCCCCACUGCCAUCUGUUCCUGGUGCUCCAGACCCCCUGGGCAACAGCCCCCCACCUCUAGCUGCCACCCCCCACCCCCAUGGUGCCCCCAGGCCGGCCACUGCAUCUCUGCAGCAGAGUCUGGUGCACGUGUCCCCACCAGGUCACUCUCCACUGUCCCCACCGAAGCCACACAGCCCUUCCGCCAACUCCCCUUCCUCUUCUCUCUAA